AUGUCUUCGUUAGAGAAUUUUGGAAGGCGGACAUCAGCUCAAGGUCUUGAAACAAUUCUUUCCAUUGGCAAAGCAAAUCCGGCUAAUUAUAUUUCUCAGGCUGACUUCUCCGAUUAUUAUUUUAGAAUCACUAAAAGCGAGCAUAUUGUACAGUUGAAAAAAAAAUUCAAACGUACAUGUGAGAAAUCAAUGAUAAGGAAACGACACUUUGUCCUCACCGAGGAAAUAAUUUAUCAGAAUCCUAACAUCACCACUUACAUUGGCAAAUCUCUUGAUAUACGUCAACAAAUUAUCGUCCCUGAAGUACCCAAACUUGCCCCGGAGGCAGCAUCAAAAGCGACCAUCACACACCUCAUGUUCUCUGCAAUUUCAGGUGUGGACAUGCCUGGAGCAGAUUAUCAUCUUACGAAGCUGCUUGGCCUACCUUCAUCAAUCAAAAGAGUAAUGAUGUAUUUCCAAGGUUGCUAUGCUAGCGGAACCAUCCUCCGAAUGGCCAAGGACUUCGCUGAAAACAAUGCGGGUGCACGAGUUCUUGUUGGCAGCUCUGACAUUUCGUUUGGUACUUUUCGUGCACCCAAUGAACAUGACACACCUUCGCUCAUCGGCAAUGCAAUUAUGGGUGAUGGUGCAGUGGCUAUGAUCAUUGGUGCUGAUCCUGACCUCUUAAAGGAAAGACCACUUUUCCAAAUUAUUUCUGCAACAGAGAAUAUUGUGCCUGACUCGCAUGGUGCGAUUGAAGGACAUUUACGUGAAGCAGGCCUCAGUAUUCAUUUGUCAAAAGAUGUUCCAAAACUGAUAGCUAAUAAUAUUGAAAGCUGCCUGGCUCAAGCAUUAAACCUAAUGAGUUUUGAGGAUUGGAACCGAUUGUUUUGGAUAGUUCAUCCAGGGAAUGCAAUUCUUGACCAGAUUGAGCUCAUACUUCGGCUGAAAAAGGAAAAACUUUUAGCGACUCAACAUGUGCUUAGCGAAUUUGGGAACAUGUUUUCGGGAACCGUGUUCUUUAUUCUGGAUAAGAUGAGAAGGAAAUCCUUGGAGGUAGGAAAGGCCACCACAGGCGAAGGUCAAGAGUGGGGCGUUUUGUGUGGAUUAGGGGCUGGUAUUACUGUUGACAUAGUUGUGCUCCGCAGCUUCCCUACUAAUACAUUCCAUUAA